AUGCAGCAAACCACGUUUCAGGGCGACUGUGCAAUUCGCUACUAUGAAGUGAAUCAGGAGUACCCAUUUAUGCAUUACAUUAACACCUACACUACCAGUGAACCACAAAGGGCUAUUGGGUUUCAGUGCAAAAGAGGAAUAAAUUCUGAGGAAAAUGAGAUAAACAGAAUUUACAAGCUCACAACAAAGGGCGUCGUUGACGUGCUGCAGUUCUUCGUCCCUAGGAAAUCCGAUCUUUUUCAGCACGAUCUGUACCCAGACACCAGAUCUACGGUGCCUCCACUCACAGCUGAAGAAUUUAUGGAAGGAAAAAACGCAGUGCCGAACACUCAGCCGGUCAAUCCGGCCGCUGCACAGGCUAAACCGAAGGUUCAGGUUGUAAAGAAGGCGAACAUCCUUAGCCAACUUGCCCCCACUGCUGCCGACUCUUCACCGGCCCGAUCUUACUCCGAACAGACUUCCCCUCAAGUAUCUGCUCCACCGUCUCCACGUCCUCAGCACCAACAACAACAGCAGCAACAACCGAAACGGCCUGUGAUUGAUGAGGAUAUGGGGAUCGUACCGAUGAGUCAGGUGCAGCACCGCCAACAGCCCACUCGUCAGCACCAGGAACGGCAAAGUCCAGAACGAGAGAGGCAAAGUCAGACCCCGAAGCAGCAGGUAAAUCUGCGAUCGCGAGCUGACAGGGACGUGGGUGGUGGUGCGCAAACCGCCGGACAGAGGAGGGCAGCUGCUGAGCUGGAACGGAUAAGGAGAGAUCAGGCACGCGUACCCGACGAGGACUGCGUGCCACAACGGCCAAACCCUUCCGCACGAAUGAGUGUUAAUUGUCUUGACGGUCCCACGAACAUGGAAGAGCUGUUAUCUGACCUUGCAAAAAUGAAAGCAGUUAUGCGACAACAUGAAAGAAGAAUUCGUAUCCUGGAGGAGGAAAUUGCCGAGAAAAAUAUGAGCAACGCAUAUUCGUUUUGA